AUGAAAAAAGAAACGUCACAUAAAUCUGACAUGGUAAAUCAUGAUUUCGGAAUAUAUUGUAAGUGGGAAAAAUAUUUUUUAUAUUUCGGAAUUAUUAAUAUCGUCAAUAUGUCUAUAUGUGGCUGGUAA